GUAUUCCAUCACGAAACCAGUAUUAUACGAUUUUUCUCUUUUGAACCCCCCUCAAAUCUCUUCGGCAAUGAACGGUAUGUCCAAUCCCACGACUGAUUUCAUGGAAGGGAACGGUGGUGGAAGCGAUUCGGAUACGAAUUCCGAAGAUUCGCCGGAGUAUUACCAACCGAUCUCCGCAGUCGAUUCCGAUGACGAAGCUUCUGAUCAAGUCAACUCCGACGAAGAUCACGAGGAGCACGCCUCUGAUUUUCACCGUCUCCCGAACGGGUACUGCGGUCAUGUAGCGGAGAAUGGAGUGUCGUCAUUGAAUCUGAACGACGAUGUGGAAGAAGAACACGAAGAGGAGAGAGAGACUUCUGAUUCGGCGAUACGGAGGGCGUUUAGAGAGGAUGAGAGCCGGCGAAACGCGCCGUUGACGCGGGAGAAUGCGAUGCAAGUGAUGGAGGCAAUGCGUGGGGUUUCGUUUGGUGGAUUGGCUCCUGAUUGGGCUGGCCAUGUUCCCGAGGAUCGGUGGAUCGAUCAGCUCAGGCGAUUGAGACAACCUCCUGCACCCUCAACCACAAUUCGAAACUGAGAAAAAGGCCAAAUCAGAAAGCAAAAAAUCAGAGCAUGCGAUCGCGAUGCGAUAAUGUUUCUCUUCGUUCUCUGUGUUGAUUGAACCGUGCUCUGAUGCCCACCUCAUGUUUGAUGAAUUUCUUGAAUGAUUGAAUUCUGGUAUUCUUAAUGAAA